ACAACUCAGAUAUUACUAUUGGUUAGAGAAGAGAAAGAUCACAAUGCUAUUGUCAAGGGUAGAUGCUGUUUCUACAGGUCACAAACUACGGAAGCAAUGACAUGGUCUGAAAAUAUGGACACACUUUUAGCCAACCAAGCUGGUCUAGAUGCUUUUCGAACAUUUCUAAAAUCAGAGUUUAGUGAAGAAAAUGUUGAGUUCUGGCUUGCCUGUGAAGACUUUAAGAAAACGAAAAAUGCAGAAAAAAUUGCUUCCAAAGCCAGGAUGAUUUAUUCUGAAUUCAUUGAAGCUGAUGCACCUAAAGAGAUUAACAUUGACUUCAGCACCAGAGACCUCAUCUCAAAGAAUAUUGCUGAACCAACACUCAAAUGCUUUGAUGAGGCUCAGAAAUUAAUCUAUUCCCUCAUGGCCAAGGAUUCUUUCCCUCGAUUUCUAAAGUCAGAGGUCUAUAAAAAACUGGUAAAUAGCCAACAGGUUCCAAAUCAUAAAAAAUGGCUCCCUUUUUUGUGAGGAAGGUAAAAGUUAACUAAUUAGUCACUGUACUUCAGGGCUACAAUAUUUUAAAUAUACAAGCACAAUGCAUUGUCCUGUGUUUUGUUUUUAGGAUUUAGAAAACAUUUUUUACGCAAAUAGACGAAUAACAUUUUAUACAUCAAGCCUGAAUUUCUAACUCAUUUGUUUAGAACGUAUUUGCUUUACCAGCUAUUUAAUCUCCUACAGGGGGAGUACAAAGAAAGUUUAUGGAGAUACAAUAUAGUCUUAAACCAAAACUGAUUACUCUUAUUACAUUAUAAUGUAAGAAACUGUACAUAUCUUCACGUGGCAGGAAAGACUUUUGAGCA